AUGGCUUCCGCCAGAGCUUUUGAUGCCUGCGAGAGCAGUUUUCAACUUUCCAAUUAUCGUCAUGAGCGAAAUCAUAAAGUGGUCCAGUACAGGGGUGGGGGAACACAGGUGGAUUUUGCGCCGCCACUACCACCUCCAGCUCAAUUGCAAGAUCACGAUAGGGAAGACAGUGACGAGGAUGAGCUUGAUGAAAUAGGAUAUAGGAAUGAAAGUGAUGAGGAGGAGGACAACGAUGAUGUUGAGGCAGUUCCUGAACCAGCGGUACCAGAGAAUCCAGCCAGACUGCCCCGUAUACCAAUAGAAUUUGAACCAUAUACAAAUCCGCAUUCUUCCCACGAACGAGAAGCUCAUUUACCUGCCGGAUUUUUUGAGCAUUUUGAAUCACCUUCACAGCCACGAGAGUUCUUUGAAUUGUACUUUACAAAUGAUAAGCUUCAAACUCUCGCCAACAGUAAAAAUUCCUAUGCAGAAUUGAAGCGAGCCGGUGAGAUAGGACAACACCGUUGGUAUAUUCUGCUCGGCCAGAUGCAAGGACUAUUGGUCGAGGAAUAG